AUGGUGUUCCCCCGUACAGUCUUACAGUUCGUCUUGAUAGCGUCCGUGCGCGUACCACUGGUCACGUCGCGCCGCGCCGUACACAUAAACCAGCAGCUUUUGGACAAAGACCACGCUCAGGAGCAGGAGCAGGAGCAGGCGUCCACGAACUUCCCAGGCAAAACGCAUCUGAGCGUGGAGAAAGAGCUUUUGGUUCGUGAGUGCAUCGCGGGACGUGCAAAAGAUUGGCCAGAGUUGCACGUGCGCCUUGGCCUUACGAUGCCGAACGAGGACAAUGUGACUGAUACCCCAGUAGAGCUUGUCAUUAAAAUUUUCCAGCUCAGAGACAAGAUUGAAGCAUCGCGAGCAACUCACUCGUUCAGUUGGUUGUUCAAGGCUGAGGAGACGACGAAGUGGGAAAAGGAAGAGGAGAAGGUGUCGAAACAGCUUCUUAGCUACCGGUUUGAUUAUCCAGCUCUUUCGAUCGUUGCGCAAAAGGGUCAACAGACUUGUCCUACGAGUGUAUGA